AUGGCGCCGUUCAUGAACGCCGAGGAGCUGGUGGUGACGCUGGCGCCGGUGGCCGUGUACUGGGUGUACGCGGGCAUCUACGAGCUGCUGCUGGCGCGCACCACGGUGCUGGACAAGUACAGGCUGCACUCGAGGCGGGACGAGGAGACCAAGAACAUCGCCUCCAGGAAGGACGUCGUCAGAGGGGUGCUCCUGCAGCAGGCCAUCCAGGUCGCCAUCUCCGUUGCCGUCCUCAAGCUAGAGGGGGGGCACGGUGCCGCCGCCAACGACACCGACGACAGUCUCGCGGCGCCGGCGGCGGAGCCGUUCCUGGUGGUGGCGGCGCGGUUCGGCGUGGCGAUGCUGGUGCUGGACGCGUGGCAGUACUUCAUGCACCGGCUCAUGCACUCGGUCCCCUACAUGUACCGGCGGUUCCACUCGUGGCACCACCGCGUGGCGGCGCCGUACGCGUACGCGGCGCAGUACGGGCACCCCGUGGACGGCGUGCUCACGGAGACGCUGUCGGGCGCCGCCGCGUACCUGGCCUCGGGGAUGCCCCCGCGCGCCGCCGCGGCCUUCUUCGUCUUCGCCACCGUCAAGGGCGUGGACGAUCACUGCGGCGUCGCCGCGCCCUGGAACCCGUUCCACGCCGCGUUCCGGAACAACACCGCCUACCACGACGUGCACCACCAGCGCGGCGGCGGCCGCGUCAACUUCUCCCAGCCUUUCUUCGUCGUCUGGGACCGCCUGCUCGGCACGCACGCGCCGUACGCCCUGAGACAGAGGCACGGCGGCGGGCUCCAGGUCAGGGCCUUCAACAAGGAUCGUCACAUGCAAUAG